AUGGCUACACACUCACUAGACCUCAAUGGUCUUGAUCUGCACCAGGUCGUCGUGGCAACUGGCUUUGGAGAGGUGCGUUCCUUUCGUUGUACAGAACUCUGCAAAACGACCAGGAGCUAAUGUUGGAAGCUUGCAUCCGUUUACAGAUCGGGCCAUACGGCUCAAGUCGCACAAGAUGGGAGAUGGAAGUCUCAGGGAGCUUCACCAUUGAAGGCUGCAUCGAGCUAGGUGAGCUAGUGCAAAGUGCGGCACAGUAGGUUGUCUCGAUUGCUGAAAUUUGAAGCGCAUGCUUUUUCGCAGCCUGGAUGAUGGGAUUCAUCAGUUGGACUAAAGGGCCUCUCAAGAAUGGUCAGCCUCACGUGGGCUGGGUCGAAGCGAAGUCGGGCGAGCCCAUCUCGGAUGCUGACGUCAAGGCCAAGUACGAGAAGGAGAUUCGAACGCAUACAGGCGUGAGACUACUAGAGCCCGAGCUUUUCCGCGGCUAUGAUCCUCUGCGCAAGACGUUCAUGCAGGAAAUUGAGAUUCUGCACGACCUCGAACCCUUGGAUGUGUCGGAGGAGGAGGCACAAAAGUACAAGAAUGAGCAGGGCGAGAAGGUUGACGUCUGGCCAUCGGCAAGUGGCGGCAUGCACGUUCAGCUCAAGAAAGGUGCUAGAGUCUUGGUACCGCAAUCUGUGAAGUUCUCGAGAACUGUUGCCGGACAAAUUCCUACCGGCUUCGAUCCCAAGCGCUUUGGUAUCCCGGAGGACAUCUGCGCUAACGUCGACCGCUGCGCUCUGUGGACGCUCAUCGCGGUCACUGAAGCUUUGGUGAUGUCCGGCGUGACUGAUCCCUACGAGUUCUACAAGGUGAGCACACGCCUGGGGCGCGGUUCACAGGCUGUAGCUGAGCCCCAAUCUCGCUUGUUCCUAGUACGUUCACCCCUCUCAAGUCGGAACAGCCAUCGGGUCUGGUAUGGGUGGUAUGGAGUCGCUCAGCAAGAUGUUCAAAGAUCGAGCACAGAAUCAGGACGUGCAAAAGGACAUCCUUCAGGAAACUUUCAUCAACACUAUAUCCGCUUGGACACAACUGCUACUCAUGUCCUCGAGCGGCCCCACUCUUACACCGGUCGGUGCGUGCGCCACAGCCUUGCAGUCGGUCGCCAUUGCCGUCAAGGCAAUUCGCAGUGGCCAAGCCAAGAUCAUGCUCGCCGGUGGUGUAGAUGAUUACGGAGAGGAGGGUGCGUACGAGUUUGCCAAUAUGGGCGCAACGGUCUCUUCUGUAGACGAGCUGGCGCGAGGCAGGGAGCCUUCAGAAGCGUCGCGUCCUACCACGUCCAGCCGUUCUGGUUUCUUGGAGAGUCAAGGUGUGGGUGCCCAAGUUCUGAUGUCGGCCGCCACCGCCCUGGAGCUCGGCUGCCCUAUCCAAUCGGUGGUCGCAUACACCUCUACGCACACCGACAAGCAAGGAAGGUCCGUUCCGGCACCUGGACACGGAGUUCUGGCAGCCGCCGAGCCUCUGCGACGUGCUCUGGCAGAGUGGAAUCUUGAUGGCGACAGCAUUGGCGUCAUCAGCAUCCACGGUACCUCCACUAACGCGAAUGACAAAAACGAGAGUCACGUUUAUCACGAGCUUUUGAAGCAUCUUGGCCGCACACCCUGUCAUUCGGUGCCCGUCAUCGCCCAGAAAUGGCUGGUCGGUCACGCGAAAGGUGGUGCAGCUGCAUGGGCUCUGAACGGACUGAUGCAAUCGAUUCUGACAGCGACCGUACCUGGAAAUCGCAACGCAGACGACAUCAGUGCAGAGCUACGCAAAUUCACGUACUUGCUGUACGCCUCUCAGACUUUGCAUCGAACCCCUGAGGACCUCAACGUCGGACUAGUGACGUCUUUCGGAUUCGGACAAGUCGGCGGCAUUGCGGCCAUUCUGCACCCUGCCCACCUGCUCUCUCGCGUCUCGCAGCAAGAGUAUGAAGCAUACGUGUUGAAGCGCGAGCGUCGUGAAGGCAAGACUCAUGCUCGCAUGCACGCGAUGCUCACUAGCAAUAGUCUGGUACGCAUUAAAGACGCGCCACCCUACCCUGACUCGCUUCAAGAUGCCGUCAUGAUCAACGUGAACGCACGAGCCGUUGAGAUUGGUGACUCAUACGGCUUCAAGGCUCCAUUGGCACCCAUGCCAUCCCGAGAUCCCAUCAAACCGGCGUCCGCCCAGUCUGGCACGGCCAUUACGAGCACGGCAGCCGACGAUCUAGCUCAGGGCGCAUUGAACGCGUUAGCUGGUAACACGGCUAGCGUGCAAGGGAUCGGCAUUGAUGCUCAACAGGUGUCAACAUUCUCCUCCGACGAAGCCUUCCUCAAGCGCAACUUCACGUCAGCUGAGUUAGAGUACUGCAACGCUCAGCCAGAUCCCACUGCAGCCCGAGCUCGCAGAUGGGCAGCGAAAGAAGCCGCGUUCAAGGCUCUCGGUAUCACAGGACACGGAGCUGCUGCGCCUCUGAUCAACUUCGAGGUAGUCUCUAGUCCUCAAGGCCCAUCUUUCAGGCUCCAUGGAGAGGCUCAGGAUGCUUGCAAGGGUUCCAAACUUUUGCUUUCCAUCACGCACAGCGGCGAUACCGCCGUUGCUGUCGUUCAUCGUGUACCAGCUUGA